AUGUUGCAUAGAUAUCUUCUCCUGCCAUUUUCGGCGUCCUACGGUACAGCUGUCACUAUUUCCGUGGCCAAAUCUGGCGGCAAUUUCACAACGGGUGUACAAUAUGGUGCAAUGGAGGAGGAAAUCAAUCACUGUGGUGAAGGAGGCCUCUACGCCGAGUUGAUCCGCAACAGAGCUUUCCAAGGAAGUAAAAAGUACCCUUCAUCACUUGAUGCUUGGUCUGCGGUUGGAAGCUCAUCCUUGUCCCUCAAGACCCUCACUGAUCCGCUGUCAACUGCCCUACCUACCUCAGUCAAUAUCAAAGGUAUGGGCACAGUUGGCUUAACCAAUGCAGGCUUGUGGGGAAUUGACGUCCGUCCUCAGAAGUAUACUGGGUCAUUCUAUGUGAAAGGAUCUUAUAAUGGCUCCUUCAGGGCCUCCCUUUUAUCAUCCAGUGGGAAGGUACUGGCUACUGCUAAAAUAUCUUCGAAAAGCACUGCAAAUAAAUGGGUCCAAUAUGAGUUUGUUCUCACUCCGGCGAAAAAGGCAUCGGAUUCCAAGAACUCUUUCUCGCUGACCUUCGAUGGCUCGAACGCAUCGAGUGGCUCGCUGGAUUUCAAUCUCAUAAGCUUGUUCCCGCCCACAUGGAAUAAUCGCCCCAAUGGCAUGCGCAAAGACUUGAUGCAAGCCAUGGCAGUUUUGUGCCCUAAGUUUCUCCGUUUCCCUGGGGGAAAUAACCUCGAGGGCGAUACUAUCGAGGGCCUCCAAUAUAUGGAAUGGUGCGAUGACCUUUGCAUGGAACCUAUUCUGGCCGCUUGGGCCGGACUUGCUCUGAACGGAGAUGUUGUCCCCGAGGCCGAGCUCGACUUUUAUGUGCAAGAUGCACUUAAUGAGAUCGAGUUUUUGACUGGCUCUGUGGAUACCGAGUACGGUGCUUUGCGCGCUAAGAUUGGACAUCCAGAUCCGUGGACCAUUAGAUAUGUCGAGGUCGGAAACGAAGACAAUCUCAGCAACGGGUUGAGCUCGUACAAGGCAUAUCGCUUCUCGGCAUUCUAUAAUGCCAUCACCACCAAGUAUCCUGAGAUUCAGGUACUCGCUUCUACUAUUGAUAUGAAAAUUCCUGGAACUGCUGGCGGAGAUUAUCAUUUGUACGAUGUUCCGGAUAACUUCGUUACGAAGUUCGACAUGUUCGAUAGUUAUACGCCUGAACAUCCCAUCUUGCUUUGUGAGAUUGCUGCUACUGAGCCCAAUAAUGGCUUUGGCAUCGGCUCUGUUGCGGAGGCUGUCUUCCUUCUGGGCGCAGAGCGCAACGCAGACAAGAUUAUUGGGACUACUUAUGCUCCCUUCUUGAUGAACUUGGAUAGCUACCAGUGGUGCCCAACUAUCCUCUCCUUCAAUUCCGAUCCUGAUCAGACAGCUCGUUCUACCAGCUGGCAUGUGUACAGCCUCUUCAAUCACAACCACAUGACAGACACCCUCCCAGCCACUUCCUCCGAUGCCUUCGGUCCUCUGUACUACGCGACAGGCCUCAACAAUAAGACUGAUUCGCAUACAUUCAAGGCUGCAGUAUACAACAGGACAGCCGAUGUACCAGUCUCCCUGAACUUUGAUGGUGUCGGCCGUGGAACCAAGGCAGAUUUGACCAUCCCGACUGCGCCGGAUCCCAUUGCGAAUUUGCGAUGA